AUGUCUGCAUCCAUGAACACCAUCCUCGUCAUCGGAGGCACGUCUGGCAUCGGCGAGAACUUUGCCAGGCGCUUCCACAAAAUGGGAAAGAGCGUGAUCGUCACCGGCAGACGCGAGCAGAAACUUGCCGAGCUGAAGGAUUCCAUGAGCGGACUGCAGACGUACGUCUUCGACAUGACCGACCUGACAGCCAUACCGGCCCACGUGGAAGAGCUCUUCACGAGGUUCCCGAGCAUCAACACGGUGUGGAUCAACGGUGGCAUCCAGUACUCGUCCGAUGUCAAAGACCUUGCUUCGACCACCGACGCAAAAGUCGUCGCGGAGAUCACCACGAACGUGACCGCUCCCAUCUUGAUUGGACGCCACGUAAUCCCCAGGCUCCUGGCCCAGAAGGGGGAGACCGUCUUCAUGAUCACCUCGUCCGGUCUUGGCUACGUUCCCGUCGGCGCCAUGUUCCCCGUGUACUGUCCCACCAAAGCAGCGGUGCAUGACUACAUGGUAGGCGUCCGGCAAGCCUUGAAGGGCACCAACGUGAACGUCAUCGAGAUCGUGCCUCCUUACGUGGGCGGCACGCAGCUGGGAGCCGAGCACGAGCACAAGGUCCGGCACUUGAAGCCUUUGCCAAUGAACGAGUUCGUCGACGAGAUCUUUGGCGUGCUGGAUAACAGCGACGCAAAGGACCUGAAGGAAGUUGCUGUCGGCACGGCCGUGCCGCGCGUCAAGGCUUGGAGAGACGGCAUCGGCGCCAUCCUGGCGCAAGGACUUGGAGGCUGA